UUUUGUUUAAGCAGACCAAAGUAUACUGAUAUUAAAGAGGUCAUACUCAAAGUCCAAACACAAUGUACUUUUAGAGCUACAAUUAUUGACCCUUAGAGUUUAAGCUCUCUAGUGUAUUUGUUUAGUGUGCCAAUGGCUCUCUUCAUCAUCUUGGGGGUUUGUCUUUCUUGUUUGGGUUUUCUUUUCCUAUGGAGUCAGCACCAACGUAAAGGGAAGCUCCCACCUGGACCCCCUCCUCUACCAAUUGUUGGAAAUAUUGUGCACGUGGAUAUGAAAAAUAUCAGCAAAUCUUUGAGUGUGCUAGCAAAUGAGUAUGGCCCCGUGUUCACCGUGUACCUGGGCAUGAAGCCCACUGUGGUUCUGCAUGGAUAUGAAGCACUGAAGGAAGCUCUGAUUGACCGUGGAGAUGAGUUUUCUGGCAGAAUACAAUCAAUUUUACUCAAUAAAAAAAAGGCAAGGGUUAGGUUAAAGAUGCUGCUUGGUGGCUGCCAGAGAGACUGGUGUAACAAGUGGAUUACUUCAAGGAACAAGAUCAUUCUCCAAGUGACAAUAUUGCUGAUCCUGCUGCAGCUUAUUUAUCCAGUAAAGGCUAAAUUACACUUUUAG